AUGUACAGAUUAGGAUCCCUAAGGCAUACCCGAGGGUUGAACAGGAUAUAUUCCUCGUCUCUUACUGUGAAUAGGUUCCUGUCAACAGGUCAGCACAAAAAGCGCUCUCACAUAUUAUCUAAAGUCGCUGGAACUCUAGCUAUAAGUGCAACUGUGCUCUACUUCACGAACGAAACUUUCCAUAACACCACAAAACAUACCAUUUUGACAACACAACGUGUUGGUGUUGUCACUUUGGCGACUUUCAAAUGUUUCAAGAUCUACAAAGAUGUUCUCCAACGCACGUUUGACAACGAGCAUGAUCGUCAGAAGGCUUUAAGUGAAGCUCACCAGAAAGCUGCAGACAUUACAUUACGAGCACUAGAAAAAAAUGGAGGUAUUUACAUUAAAUUGGGCCAGCACGUUUCUGCUUUGACAUACUUACUUCCGCCUGAGUGGACUAACACUAUGAUACCAUUACAAGACCAGUGUCCGCAAUCUUCGAUGGAGGAAAUCGAGGCCAUGUUCCUCGAGGAUAAAGGGGUCCAUCUAAGUGACAUUUUUAGUGAAUUUGAUCCGAAACCUGUCGGUGUGGCAUCUUUGGCUCAAGUGCAUAUCGCAACUUUGAAGGAAACUAACGAAAAAGUGGCUGUCAAGGUGCAACACCCAUCCUUAGCAGAGUUUGUUCCUUUGGAUAUUUUCUUAACACAGACUGUGUUUGGCUUGAUGCACAAAGUGUUUCCGGAGUAUUCCUUGACUUGGUUAGGUGAUGAAAUGCAAUCCUCUAUCUAUGUUGAGUUAGAUUUUGUUAAUGAGGCCACUAAUGCCCAGCAAACUACUGCAAAUUUCAGAAAUAUGCGCAACUUGACAGCUUUAAGAAUACCAUAUAUUGUCCUGGCUGACAAAAGAAUUCUCAUCAUGGAAUAUGUUGCUGGAGCACGUUUGGAUGACUUGGAAUAUAUGAAAAAGAAUAAUAUCAACACUGCCCAGGUGUCUUCUUGUCUCUCCCACAUCUUCAACAACAUGAUUUUCACUCCUGGUGUUGGUCUCCACUGUGACCCACAUGGUGGCAAUUUGGCCAUUAAAGCAGUUGAUAAGAGAAACAGUAAGAACGGCCACAAUUUUGAAAUCGUCCUCUAUGACCACGGUUUGUAUCGCUAUAUUCCUUUACAAAUGAAGCGGGACUAUUCCCAUUUUUGGUUGGCCAUUUUGGACAAUGACGUCCCAAAGAUGAAGUACUAUGCUGAAAAAUUUGCUGGUAUCAAGGGCGAUCGCAAAUUCCAAAUUUUUGCAGCUGCUAUCACCGGUAGGGACCCUGAAAAUGCUUUGAACUACGAUAUUAAGAAAGCUAGAGGUAAGGACGAAAUGAUUAAUAUGCAAAACCAAUUGCAGAAUGAAGAAGGUGUUCUUGAAGAUUUGAUGUACAUACUAAGCAGCAUGCCUAGAAUAGUCUUAUUGAUUUUAAAGACUAAUGAUCUAACAAGAAGUCUUGACGAAAAGUUGAAUAACCCUUUGGGACCCGAGAGGACCUUUCUAAUUUUGGCCAACUACUGUGCAAGAGCAGUUUAUGAAGAGGCGUUGGAAGAAAACUCAAAGAAAUGGGACAGAUUUUCUUUCACGUGGUUCAGCCAUAACCUUUGCAGCUGGUUGUCUUAUCGAAAGAGAAUUUCGUCGUUGUAUUUGUACGACAUUUACAUGUUCUUCCGCAACCUUAGACUCUCUGUAUCGUGA